UUAAAAGGAUUAGCAGAAAGGCUCAUGUGGGAGCGAGCGCAGCCAGCCAGAAAAGAAAUAUACACAAGGGUGGGAACUGGGGAACAAAUUUACCGCUGGGAGAAGAAGGGGCGAAAGGCGGAAAAGCAAGCGCAAAGGGCUCUCUCUAACUCUCUUUGUGUCUCCUGUCUCCAUUUUCGCGGGGCUUUCCGCUACUCUGUUUGCUGAUCGCCGAUUCAGAUCCACGACGCCACCGUUCACCGGAGAGAGGGAGACGGGGAAGAAGGGAGUCGAAAAAUUAAGAAACAGAAGACGACAGAGUCAAAAUGGACGGCGGCAAUUCAGCGGCGGAGGAGUCCGCUAGCCAGCUGGAAGAAGAGAUAGGAAGAGUAGUGGAAGAGGCGAGGCAGCUGCAGGAAUCGGCUGCCUCUCACAUCUCCAGGAGCUUCAACGAAGAGCAGACACUUCGCCAGCGCGCUAAUUCCAUCGACUCUUCCAUCCGUCGCUGCCGUUCUCUCCUUCACUCCGUCCUCUCCCGCCGCCUCAUCGACGCCAAGCUAGCUGACAAGCUGGAAGACGAGCUGCAGAGAGCCAAGUGUGUCGUUUCCGAUGGGGAUGCCGCUUCUUUCCUCCCUACCAAGUCCCAAGGUAGCUUUCUCAGGAUGUUUCUGGGUCCAAUUAACGUGCGUGCAUCCCGCAAAGAUGUCCAGUUGAAAGUUAAAGAAGAGUAUAACAGUUACAGGGAUAGAACCGCCCUUUUAUUUCUUCUUUUCCCAUCAGCUCUACUAAUUCUAAGGUCUUGGCUAUGGAAUGGGUGCUUGCCAGCGUUCCCUGUUCAACUAUAUCAGGCAUGGUUAUUGUUCCUUUACACUGGAUUGGCCUUGCGAGAAAACAUUCUGAGGGCCAAUGGAAGUGAUAUUCGUCCAUGGUGGAUAAAACAUCACUAUUGCGCAAUGAUAAUGGCACUUGUAAGUCUUACAUGGGAGAUUAAAGGACAGCCCAAUUGCGCCGCAAAACAGAGAGGGGUCCAACUUUUCUUGCAAUGGGCUAUGAUGCAAGGAGUGGCGAUGCUUUUACAGAAUAGAUACCAGCGUCAGAGACUUUAUACUCGAAUUGCACUGGGGAAGGCCAAGAGAAUGGACGUCGUCUGGGGUGAAACUGCAGGUGUAGAUGGCCAAUUGUGGUUGUUGUGCCCCAUCCUCUUCAUUUUGCAGGCAAGUUUAUUAGGUUUCGAGGCAUAUGUUGGGCUGCAGUUGCUGAGGACUGCAUUUGUGAGGGUCGUCACUGAGUGGCAGGUAAUUUUCUGCGGAUUCCUUCUGGUCCUGAUGGCCGUGGGGAACUUCUUGAACACGGUUCAGACAUUGCUGACAAAGUCGAGGUUCAAAGCCAAAAUGAAGAGGGUUAAGAGUAAGCCAGAGUUGGAUUGAAUGCAAAAGCUAGUAAGAUUGGUAGGAUUUCUACUUUGUGGUGGCGAAAGCAAGCCAUGAGAUGUCAUUUGUGACAUUUUCCCCCCUCUUUAGGUUUCUGCAAACGUGUUGGAAAUAUCGUCUUAUAAGGUUCUUGUUUUGAACAUGCCAUCUGCGCUCGGAUGUGCUUUUCUCAUGUUUGCCUGAAGAGAAGUUUGGAAAAGGAAGGUAAGAGAGUUGGGUGGGGAAAAUGAUAGAAUGAGCGGAUAAGUUGAUCCACCAGAGUCGCUGUUUAUAGGUCGUAUUUUUUUUUGUCUGAUGGGGGUUAGCUUCUUCAGGUCCAGUUGGUUCGGUUUUGGUCUUGUUUACAGUUGAGGACUUGAGGUGGCUAGUUUUGACACCUGUCCAUGUUGGUCAGGUGGGUUGGUGCUGGGUUGGCGAUUGAAUAACAAACAAUGUGAACUAUUUUGGGAUUUGGAAAGAGUGUCCCUUAGGGUUAGGGGGCUCUGUCUGUCUUAAGCAACAAGAAACGU